AUGGAUGGCCUUUCGGGCGCAGCGAGCGUCAUCGCGGUAAUCGACAUGUCCGCUAAGAUCGCCUCGCUCUGCUUCCAGUACUCUAUGGCCGUCAAGGACGCAAAGGACGAUAUCGAGCGUGUGCAGAGAAAAGUCGGCGACAUCACCCACAUCCUGGAGACGAACAAGCAGCUUCUCGACAGCCAGGACAAGACGCGUCUCUCUACCACCCAGGGUCUGUUCGAAUCGCUCAAACAAUGCCUUCGAGACCUAGAGGACUUGAAGACAAAGCUAGAUCCAGGGAAGGCUCGCAAGACCAUGAACAGGAUCGGCUUCCGUGCGCUCAGAUGGCCGUUUACGAGCAAGCAGGUUGAUAAGAUCUUUUCGACCUUAGAAGGAUACGAGCAGAAAUUCGGCUUGGCACUGCAGGUCGAUCAGACAGUCGUUGUGUUUAGCAUAGACCAGAAGCUGGAUCUAGCCAAACUGCCUGUCGCGAUAGGCGCCUCCUUCAAUUCCCACAACGAAGAGCACAACGCACGAUGUCUACCAAACACCCGCACCGAGCUGCUAGACGAGAUCACAACAUGGGCGAACAGCAAGGAUGGUAAGUCCAUAUUCUGGCUGAGCGGCAUGGCGGGCACGGGAAAGUCUACGAUAGCGCGGACGGUCGCUCAGUUGUUCGCCAGUCGAGGGCAGCUCGGAGCAAGCUUCUUCUUCAAGAAAGGCGAGGGCGAGCGCGGCAACGCCUCACGGUUCUUUACCACCAUCGCCACUGAUCUAGUCGCCUGCGAGCCAGGCAUGCUACCAGGCAUCAGGAAGACGCUCGACGAGGACCCGACUAUUUCACACAAGGCCCUGAAAGACCAGUUCGAGAAGCUGAUCCUGCAGCCACUCUUGGGGAUAAAGCAGGCUCGUUCGCGGGCCUUGGCGCGUGUUGUCGUGAUUGACGCGCUAGACGAAUGUGAGCGAGAAGCCGACAUCAGAGCGAUCCUUCAGCUACUUGCUCGGACAAAAGACAUUCGACUAGUGCAGCUGCGGAUCGUGGUGACUAGCCGGCCAGAGCUCCACAUCCGCCUGGGCUUCAAGGAGAUGCCGAACGGCAUAUACCAGGACCUAGUCCUUCACGAAGUACCAAGGAGCACGAUUGAACACGACAUUCGUCUCUUCCUAGAGCAUGAGCUCUGUGUGAUACGCAAGGAGCAUAUAUUGUCUGCAGGCUGGCCGACCCAAAACCAGAUUCAGGCUCUUGUAGAGCUUUCUGUACCGCUGUUCAUCUACGCUGCCACCGUAUGUCGAUAUAUUGGCGCAGACUUCAGCGAUCCAGAAGAGUAUUUAAACAACGUCGUGCAUAAUCCGAAGUUCAUUCUUUCACCGCUUGAUCAACUCUACUCCCUGGUAUUGCACCAACUGCUUAUCGGGAAAGAGGAAAGGGACAAAGAACCGUGGCUUCAGGCAUUUAGUGAACUUGUAGGAAGCAUAGUUAUCCUAGAGAGCCCUCUCUCUGUCGUGUCUCUUGCACGCCUUCUUCAAGCCCCACAAACACAAGUCCAACAUCGGUUAAAAGGCUUGCACUCCGUUCUUAGUGUUCCUAGUAAGAAGGACGUUCCUAUUAGGCUACUGCACUUGUCCUUUCGCGAGUUCCUUGUUGACCCCCCAAAACAAGGAAAGAGCCCGUUUUGGGUGGAUGAGAAGGGCACACAUAGGGAGCUCGCAUUUCGCUGCCUCGAGCUCAUGUCUCAAUCAAGCGGUCUUCGUCAGGACAUGUGCGGCCUCUCAGGCCCCGGAGUGCUAAGGAGCGAGAUAGAUGAACAGACAAUUGCUAGUAGUCUGUCACCUGAUCUUCAAUAUGCGUGUCGUUACUGGGUCGAUCACCUCAAGCAGAGUGGGCAAGGUAUCGUUGACGGAGACGCGACGCACCUAUUUCUGCAGCACCACCUUUUUUGUUGGCUCGAAGCCAUGAGCCUUAUGAGAGAAUCGAGCAGAUGCAUCGACUUGCUCGACAGCCUUCAAGCACUUACCGGCCUAUCUGUAAGCCUAGUUUCAGUCUUUCUUCACGACGCUAAGCGGUUCGUGCUGCGGUUUCAGUCUGUGCUCGCAGAUGCGCCGCUGCAGAUCUAUUGCUCCGCGGUAGUGUUCGCACCAGAGAGGAGCCUAAUACGACAAACUUUCGUGAGCCAAGUGCCAGAAAAGGUCAAGAUGCUGUCUAUGAAAGAAGCAGGUUGGGACGCGUGUCGCAGCACGCUCGAAGGCCAUUCCUCUUAUGUCACGGCGGUGGCCUUCUCGCCAGACGGGCAGCUAGUCGCGUCAGCAUCUGAAGACAGCACAGUACGGCUGUGGGAGGCAGGGACAGGAACGUGUCGGAGUACGCUCGAGGGACAUUGCAACGUAGUCACGGCGGUGGCCUUCUCACCAGACGGGCAGCUAGUUGCGUCCACAUCUUGGGACGAGACAGUACGACUGUGGGAGGCAGGGACAGGAACGUGUCGGAGUACGCUCGAGGGACAUUGCAACGUAGUCACAGCGGUGGCCUUCUCGCCAGACGGGCAGCUGGUCGCGUCUGCAUCUUUUGACACGACAGUACGGCUGUGGGAGGCAGGGACAGGGAUGUGUCGGAGUACGCUCGAGGGCCAUUCCGACUUGGUCACGGCCGUGGCCUUCUCGCCAGACGGGCAGCUAGUCGCGUCAGCAUCUGAAGACAGCACAGUACGGCUGUGGGAGGCAGGGACAGGAACGUGUCGGAGUACGCUCGAGGGACAUUGCAACGUAGUCACGGCGGUGGCCUUCUCGCCAGACGGGCAGCUAAUUGCGUCCACAUCUUGGGACAAGACAGUACGACUCAUGCUCGAGGGCCAUUCCGACUUGGUCACGGCGGUGGCCUUCUCGCCAGACGGGCAGCUGGUCGCGUCGAUAUCUCGCGACACGACAGUACGGCUGUGGGAGGCCGGGACAGGAACGUGUCGCAGCACGCUCGAAGGCCAUUCCGGCUUGGUCACGGCGGUGGCCUUCUCGCCAGAUGGGCAGCUAAUCGCGUCGGCAUCUUCUGACAAGACAGUACGGCUGUGGGAGGCCGGGACAGGAACGUGCCGCAGCACGCUCGAAGGCCAUUCCGGCUUGGUCACGGCGGUGGCCUUCUCGCCAGACGGGCAGCUGGUCGCGUCGAUAUCUCGCGACACGACAGUACGGCUGUGGGAUGCAGGGACAGGAACGUGUCGGAGUACACUCGAGGGACAUUCCGACUUGGUCACGGCGGUGGUCUUCUCGCCAGACGGGCAGCUAGUCGCGUCGGCAUCUGAAGACAGCACAGUACGGCUGUGGGAGGCCGGAACAGGAACGUGUCGCAGCAUGCUCGAGGGCCAUUCCGACUUGGUCACGGCGGUGGCCUUCUCGCCAGACGGGCAGCUGGUCGCGUCGAUAUCUCGCGACACGACAGUACGGCUGUGGGAGGCAGGGACAGGGACGUGUCGGAGUACACUCGAGGGACAUUCCGACUUGGUCACGGCGGUGGUCUUCUCGCCAGACGGGCAGCUAGUCGCGUCGGCAUCUUCUGACAAGACAGUACGGCUGUGGGAGGCAGGGACAGGAACGUGUCGCAGCACGCUCGAGGGCCAUUCCUUGUGUGUCAGAGCGGUGGUCUUCUCGCCAGACGGGCAGCUAGUCGCGUCGGCAUCUUCUGACAAGAUAAGGCUGUGGGAGGCGUGGACAGGAACGUGUCGCAGCACGCUCGAAGGCCAUUCCGGCUGGGUCAGGGCGGUGGCCUUCUCGCCAGACGGGCAGCUAGUCGCAUCGGCAUCCUGGAACAAGACAGUACGACUGUGGGAGGCGGCGACAGGGACGCGUCGCAGCACGCUCGAUCUCCAUUUCAAGGAUAUUUCUUAUAUUGUUUUCUCGCCAGAUGGCCAUGCCCUUCACACGAAUAAAGGCGACAUUCCUUUGCAUCAAACUUCUGUUUUCACAUCGCUCUCUAGGCCGCAGUCGCAGUCCUCCUACAUUCUAGUGCAGGAUCAGUGGAUAUUGCGCAACCAGCAACGCUUCCUAUGGCUUCCGCCGGAAUAUCGAUCAAAGACGACCGCAGUACGCGAGGGCAUAGCUUGUCUAGGGCUUGGAUCUGGUCGUGUAGUUCUCCUCAGGAUUUCCUAG